CUAAAAAAAACAAUAUUCUAUUUUGGAAGGGCAUCAUAAAUUCACGGCUACUAGUUCACAUUAUAAUCCUCAAAACAAAACGCCUUUUGCACCCUACCCUUUUUCUUUGCUUUCCUUUCUCUACUUAUACCCUAACUCUACUUUCUUUUCUUCAUUCUAAUCCCAUCAAUUCACUACUCUCUCUCUCUCUCUCUCUCUCAUAAAUAAACCUAUCCCUUCUAUCUCUCUGUAAAACUAACUAACGUCUAUAUCCCCCAAGAAUUUGUUGGGAUUAAAUUGGUGGCGGAGAUUUUAACUAAUUAAGCACCUAGCCAGUAAUUAAGUGGAGCAUGGUUGCCCAACAACAAGAAGCCAUUAUUGGGGAGAACAACGUCGUCGUUGAGAAGAAUGAAAUUCAUAAACACAGUAACAACAAUAUGAUGAUGAUGAUUAAGGGGAAGCGGACUAAGCGGCCAAGGCCCGUGUCUCCUUUAGCCUUGACCAUGUCUUCUGGUACCACCACCGACGGAGGUGCUAACUCUGCCACGUCCGAGGAGUGGGCAGCUCCUAUUUCUAGCUCUACGUCUGAGGAGGAAGAGGAUAUGGCUCAUUGCUUAAUCCUUCUUGCUCAAGGAUCCAACCAAAGUAGCAACAACAACAAUAUCAUUACCAACCAUAAGGGUAGUAAUGGAAUUACGUCAUACGAAUGCAAAACGUGUAACAAGUCAUUUUCCUCCUUCCAAGCACUAGGAGGACAUAGAGCUAGCCACAAGAAGCCUAAGCUUAACGUCGUCUCCUUAUCCCAACUCAAAAAAUCAUCCUCCGUUAUUUUCUCUCUUAUAAACAACGACAACGAUAACCACCACCACCACCACCAGCAAUACGAUCAACACUUGAAAGACGACGGGACAACACUCUCCUUACAAAUCGCCAAUUCGUCACUUUACACAACUAAUAUUAGUACUAACAAUAAUACUAAUACUAAUAAGACGAAGGUGCACGAAUGUGGCAUAUGUGGAGCCGAGUUUUCUUCAGGGCAGGCAUUGGGUGGUCACAUGAGACGGCAUAGGCCUAUUGGUACGACCACAACAACAACAACAACCAUCCCAAGUCCAAAUGUCAAGGAUGAGAAAAUGACGCGAAAUCUCUUGUCCUUAGACCUUAACCUUCCUGCUCCCGAAGAUGAACACCACCACCACCACCACCACCAAAGGGAUCCAUCUUCCAAGUUCGUUUUCUCAUCUAAUGAGAAAACAUUGGUUUUCACCGCGGCUUCACAGCUCAUAGACUGCCAUUAUUGAUCAUCAUCUAUCAUUAUCAUAUCAUUCAAAUAUGACUUUAAUUAGCCAGACAUUUUUUUUAUACAUGUGAAUUUCAUUAGAUACACACAAUUCAGUUGUUAUUAAUUCAACAUUAUAUUAUAAUUGUUGUUCAUUCAUCAACCCAAUAUGAUUCUUUGUAUUUAUAUUUUAAUUAAAUUGCUAACCCAUUAUAUGAAAAAAGUUAAAGUUAUUCUUUUCAGUAAA